UUAUAAUACAAUGAAUUUGACCACCAAUUAUGGCGAUACUCUAACUCCUCGGCCUCCAUCAGAAUCGGUAACAAUUAAUUCACUGAGUGAUGUCGUAUCGCCGACACCAUACCCUGGAGUCAAUAGCUCGAGAUCGAGUCGGGCCAGAAAACGAUGGGCGGCAUCGAUGCACGCCAUGUAUAUGAUUAAGAUCUUUGAAUCAUUUCUUCACAAUCCUUUUUAUUCACUUGUGUUAUCUCUUCGGAUGUUUGGUCUCGUCAUAAAUAUUGAGUCCAGAAAUACCCGUUUGUAUGCCCCGCAAAACAGUCAGUUAAGACAUCGGAUAUCAAAAGUUUUAAGAUAUCUAUUGAGCACUUUUAUGUUAUUAUAUAUACUCUAUUAUGCCAUACGAAUCACUAUAACUGUAACAUCUGGUGGUUUCUGGACUAACCUCAAAGUACUGAUUCACUCUUGGAUUACAUUUUGGACAGUUAUCAUAUUUUUGUAUCGACAAAAACAGAUUGGCUCAGUUAUGCUACAAAUUCAAUCGCUAAAUGGUUUUGCCAGCGAUUACACGGUUGUCUUCAAAAGACGUGUCAUGACUGUCAUUACCAUUGCGUGGAUAUAUCUAUUGGUAGCUAUCGUCACAUUUUUUAUUGAUUUCUCCAAAGUUAAGUCUGAAGACUUGUUUGCCGUAAACUUUGGUGACCUUCAAGUGUCCAAAACGAUAGCCAUUAUUGUAGUCUAUGUCGAUACUAUGUUAAACGUAUAUUUCUUAAGGGGAACAUUAGUUAUGAUAGUUGUCACAUAUCUGUUGGUCUGUCACUCGAUUGAGAUAAUGUUUAAAGAUUUAAAAGACUUUUCAAUGGCUCAAAAUAGACAGAAAAGGGAACUAACUCUUAAAGGACUCCGCGAACUCAAGAAUAGACAUCAAUUGUUGUCAUCUUUGGUUUAUGAAUUGGAUUUUAUUUUCUCAUUUAUGGUAUUCCUAUGGAUAGUCCUAGUUUUGAUCUCAUUGUGCACACGAGUUAAUAUUAUCAUUGGUAGUGAAUACUCUUCAGCUAACAUUGAAGGAUGGAUAAGCUCUAUCUGGGCAUUGGGUAUAACAUUAUUAAUAUAUAUUGGCGUACCGUUGGCUGCUUCAAGACUUAGCUCAGAAUUUAUAGAUUCUGUUUUAGCUAUUGAAAUGUUGGCCAACACUUCAACCAUCAAAUCCGAUGUCAUUUAUUAUUACGAGUUGUUAUUAUUUUUGUCUCGAUUAUCAAUGAAUACAAUUUUGCUGACAUGUUAUCGCUUUUUUGAAAUUAAAAAACAAUUAAUAUUAUUUAUCGCACUUAUUGUAAUCGCUUAUUACUUUUUUGUAUUACACUAUACUUUAGUCAAUCUAAAUAUCAAACAAGUUUUAACCAAUAAUCAAAUAACAACCACAUCUGCUCCUUGA